AUGGCCGUGGAUCUUUACUCGCAGGGUAUUUCGCCACACUCGCUUCUCUGCAUGGAACCUGCACUAUGGCGACAACAAAUUGUUGACCAUGUGACUUUCGACCUCUCUAAGGAGUGUAUUCAAAUUGCCUUGAUCGACAGUUCAAAAUCUCUAUACUCGUUCGCAGAAUGUCAACAAAUCUUGGAUCUUCGUACUCUGCAACCCGAAUCUACGCCAGCCUCCGGUGAUCCGCUGUCUUCCAAAAUCAAGCCUGCCUUGUUUUCGCAUCUCGAUCCUCUCCUCUCAUUUCUUCAACAAAACAAACAAGCUGCUACCGAUCUCAACCAGCUAUGUCGGAUGUCGAGUUAUCAACUGGCUAUUUUGAAAAAAAAGAUACGCCCAUAUCCAUUGACACCUACUACGGUGCAGGUGGCUCUAGACGAACGAAGUGCCAAGCAGCGAAAAGCAAAGCCAAUCUCGAUCAAGAAAAGCUCGACUAGAAAAAAAUCUUCCUCCUGCUUAGGGACGCCGUCAAAGAGCCGCAAACGAAUCAAAUCAGCUCCGACACCUGAAAGCGAAAGUACACCUUCUCAACUACCAGAAGUUAUGAACGCAUUUCAUUUGGGAGCAAAAGACCUACAUCGACUCGUUUAUCAUUUAAGUGCCUAUCGAUCAACGCUUGUCGACUUAUUCCAAUCCGUCGUUCUCCCAAUCCUGAGGGCCGAACUUCCGCAGCUUUACUCACUCUGGGUUUUAGAAUCACAGAUUCAGUCCCACCGGAAAUUAUUCAGAGAACACUCCAUCCAAUUCGCCAAAAUCCUUCUCGAAAACGAAGCCCUAGAAAACUAUCAGCAUCUUUAUUCUAUGCAUCAUCGACAUCGACCGGACUUGCUACGUGAUCUGAAAGAAUGGUGCCAGGCAACUACCGCGCCGCACUCUUGCGAGCAGGACCACUUAUCUUCCGCAGACACAAGCCUGAACGAACAAUCUUCAAUCCACCAGACUACUGUGAAAACCCCCUUAUUUAGCCCCAGGAGUUCCAUGAACCUAGAGUACGCUGUGUCAAAAGACGAAAAAACUGUUUCUCAAGAUGCCUUGCCCGCCCUGCCUGUAACACCGAUUUGGCCUGGAAUUAGCGCCUCGCCAAGUGUGCCCUUGUCUGAUAACCUUGAAGUCGAACCAAUCACCCUCGACAGUGACUAUCGCGUGAGACGAGAACGAACGCCUUCAUUGUCACCGCCUCCGGAGGUGUCGUCUGAGUCCCGGUUAGCAACUCAUUCUAACCUUCACCUUCCUAUCUUGAUCCUUGAAAAAAGAUUGCUAUCAUCAAUCAAGCCCGAAAAUGAAAGGCAAUUAGCGAUUGAGAUUGUAAUCAAGUUGGCCGAGCAGCGCUUGGAAAUCGACAAGAUGCUUGAGAGCUACUUCAUCUUGAAACUACUUGACGAAGAGCGCGACUCUAGAGAUCAGUUCUCUGGAAUUAGUCGAUUGUCCGACAUCAUCACAACCUCACGUUUGGCCGCCGGUGUCGACGGGAGUGAAGCUAAUAUCGCCCAGUACGCGACGAUCAAAGGAGCACUCGCGGGGUCAAAACCAGCUUCGGUUGAUGAUAGCGCCGCACAAGACACUCCAUCUAAAACAUCCUAUCGACCACCGAGCAAAACUUCCGAGUUGAAGAGACGACAAUGUAUUAAAAGAAAAACUUGGCUGGCGGCCACUCGACGGCUGGAUUCUCGGCUGGUCGGACAGCAAGAGCAGCAUAGCCCCGGAAAGAAAGUAUGGCCUGAGCCCAUCUUUCUCAAAAACUCUAAUCGAAGGAAGCGGAAAGACGAAACCAGCGCGGAAACCAGUUCGAAUUCAAAGGAUGGACCAAGCUCUUCAGAUGUGAAAAGGAGCAAGCGAGGAGGACAGCCGAUUGAAGAAAUACUAGAAAUAGUACAAGACGGAAAGCCCAGUGACGCAGUCGAAGCAGUUGGUCAAGUAGUAUGGGUCAAGCUUAAUGACGACCACGACCCUGGCUCCAGUGAUCCGAUCCUAGUUUCCGCACCGGCUUCCGGCUCCGGAACCGUUGAUAUUGCCACAGGGUCGCCCAAUAAACAGCCAACGAAUGGGCUGGUGAAUCAAGGGAUAAUAGCCGAGCUUUCUCAACCUGUUGAUCACCUGGAUCCUCCAAACUCCAGCUCUCAAAUACGGGAUGAAGGGUUGGAGGGGGGGCGAUCGGACGAAUUGACGAUAGAGAAUUUGAAGCUGUUCACCCAAAACGACAAAGUGUUUGAAAGUUUGACUGGUGAAUGCUCGAAUGAAAAUCUUAGUGAAGUUGAUUCAGAAUGGCCUCGAUGA